AGCUUAAAUUGAACAAAUAUUUAUCUUCAUAUCACCUUAAACAAAUUAUGGCAGCUAAGGUUGGGAUUUUUGCAGCUAUUUUACUAGUUUGCGCGAUUCUAUCACCUCUGCUAGCCUCAUCAUUUCCCAAUCAUCGUCCUGAAUUUCUAGAACAUGAUUCUAGUAAGACAGACGUAACGAUCCAUGGUGAUAAUAACAAUGUUGUUCAUGCCAAUGUCAAUGACAUCGCGAUUCCUUGCUCAAAUUAUGAGACAAGGAACGAAAGGUCCUUAAAGGAAAAGAAGAAGUCGAAGAAGAAUAAGAACAAGAAGAAGAAGAACAAAAAAGAAAUGAACCAUCACGAACACGAUUUUGAGGCUUUCAAUUUUGAGCAUCCCCAAAUAGAAGGUGUCCGCCAUGGAUAUCCACAAGUUUUUCCUGAACAUAACGUAGAUCCGAUUACUAAAGAACACGAAGAACCAGAGAUUUUAGAAGGAUUGAGAGAGGGUUUUUAUCAAAAUACAUGUCCUCAAGCAGAGGAAAUCAUCAAAAAUGGCCUAAUUAGAGCCUUUCAAAAUGACUCUACUAUUGCUGCUGCCAUCCCUAGGCUUUUCUUACAUGAUUGCUUUGUCAAAGGUUGCGAUGGAUCCAUAUUGCUCGAUACAACACCAACUGGUGGGAAAAUAGAGAAGUUAUCACCGUCAAAUGGUGUUACAGUCAAGGGAUUUGAACUCAUUGACGAGAUCAAAGCAGAACUCGAAGAGAACUGCCCAGGCAUUGUCUCGUGCUCUGAUGUUUUAGCCUAUUUAUCUCGUGACGCCUUUGUUGCAUCGGGACUCCCCCAUUACGAGGUGUCUGGUGGCCGACGUGACGGCAUGGAAUCGCGCGUAGAAAACGUCGUUGGCAACCUCCCAUUGCCUGAUGACACAGUAGGCCAAAUGAUUCAACUUUUCAACAGAAAAGGCCUAAAUGCAGAAGAUUUAGUUGUCUUAAUUGGUGCACACUCCAUUGGAGUAGCUCAUUGUUUCAACUUUCUUUAUCGAAUGGACACACCCGAGAAGGCCCAAAUGGUUGAUCCGCGACUUGGGAGUGUUAUGAAAUUUACAUGUACUGGCCAAAUGAGUACAAUAGCGUUCGAUGCAACAACACAAUACAAAAUGGACUCAGUAUUUUACAAGCAAUUGUUGAUGAAAAAAGGUUUACUCGAAUCCGAUCAAGCUUUGACACAAGAUAUAAGAACAAGGGGACUUGUCCAAAGAUUUAGCAAUGAUGAAGUGGGGUGGUUUAACAAAUUCGGCGUGGCCAUGAACAAGCUUGGGGCAGUAGAGGUGCUCACCGGAAACCAAGGGCAAAUCAGGAAACAAUGUCGAGCUGUUAACUUAUAAUAAGAGUUUAACUUGUAUACACUGACUGAUUCUGAUUUGACAAUGCUCUAAAUAUGUAUCACAAUUUGGAUGAUUAAUUUUUUUUCAUAUAUUUUUUUUCGCCAUCGGUGAAAGAAGAUGUAAUUUGCUCAUUCAAAACAUCAUCAAGGACCUACUCAAACAAAAAAUGAAGAAUUUUUUUUUUCACUUGAGAA